UAACACGCUAUAUCAUUUUCUCUUCAACAUGAUGAACACGUUGAUGAUAUUGGUGAUAUUUUGUCUUUUUGUAUGUUCCAUCAGUAAAGAACUAACUGGAAACUUGACAUUAAUUCGUCCAGAAAAGACAAGAUUUAUUGCUGGUCAGUCCAUUGAUAUAACGUGUAAGACGGAAGUGACGUAUACUACUACCAACAUUACGUGGUAUAUAGACACUGCAGAUAAUAAGCUAUAUGAAGAUAUAACAACGGAUAUUGAGGAUGGAGUAUCAACAAGCAGACUUAGACUAACACUGGACAAACAUCUGAAUAAUCACACUCUUUAUUGUUCAGCUUUUAAUGGUUAUGGCGAAGUUCAGACGGAUUUUCUCAAACUGGAUGUAACGUGUCUACCAACAAUCCACAUUGUAAUAGAAGCAACUUCCAUAGCCAUUGUUGAAGGGGAACAACUUUUAUUGACAUGUUCCGUUCAAGACACCAACCCUCGAGUACCACCACAUGGUUAUACUUGGAGUAGAAAUGGUAUAAAGCUGAUAGACCAAACAUCAAAUAUAUUUAAAGUGAAUUCAACAUCGUCGCGCGACACUGGUGACUAUACAUGUACGGGUAACAAUGGUAUAGGAAUAGGUAUAUCAUCACCUGUAAAGGUUAAUCUCAUUCUAUGUGUUUACGAAGUUGUUAUUGGACUCUCCGUAUGUUUGGCUUUGUUUAUGGUAUUGUCCAUUGUACUCUCCUUCGUGGUCGCAUAUCUGAUGCUAAAAAUUAGAAGGUUAACAACCUCAUCUAAAGAAGGUUCAAAUUAUGACGGACUAGAGCAGGGUAACAGAGAGGACGAUCAGUAUUCAAGUACUACUGCCUUGGUUCCCGACACAUCCCCAGAACAAAUACCAGAAUACUAUAACCAAACUUCCAAUAUUGCUGGGGCCACGGGAGAUAACUCACUUUAUGAAAACGUGUAAAGGAGACAAAACUCAACGGGAUAAAUAUCAACAGUUGUCCAGAAAAAAGCAACAACAGAUAUGACCCAAGAAUAUCUCAAAGCAGUGUAUUUUGUAACAGUGGGUGUUUGUUGAUGAGACGAUACUUUGAACGACGAAGAGAUUAAUUUUCUAAGAUUUGAUGACUGUCUGAAACUGUUUAAGAUUAUUAAAUUGUUCAUCAUACCUGUUCAUUUUGUCACGUUUUAGCAAUACGGGAAGAUUUUUUUGCCAUUCAAUCAAGUAGAGUUCUAUGUAGUGACCAAUGGUAAUUAAAAAAUCUUCUUGGGAAUUAUGGCUUUUGACUCUCAUAAUUUGGUUUGCUCUAAAUGAAGAACUCGGUGAUUUAGCUUCAUCAUACAUUAUGCAAGAGCCAAGUCUGCCUAUUGCAGGUCUUUCUUUAGGCCUGAAAUUUUAUAUAAACUAUUAAUUAGACAUUUAUUUACAAAGCGAGACCAUAAUCAACUCUCGAUGGCAUCGGAUAAUUGAGAUUUUGACUAAAUUAAAACGGUUCGUCAUUUAAAAAUUUAAUUUAAAAAUGGGAAAGCGAGGCUAAGUCUCGAAUAUACCAGUGUCAUGGUUACCACAAUGCACACAUCUUGUCAAAACUACAAACAAUGAUAACUUGGCUGAGAAUGAAGUAAUUUGAAUGAAAUUUUCAAUAUUUUCUAUUUUUAUUAUCUAUUUUUGAAUUAUUAUAGCAAGAAUGACCAACUCUUUAUUAAACUCUUAACUAAUGUAGCUUUAAUGUGCUUUCCAGCACAUGCUUUUAGUUCAUUAAUCACAAAAUAAGUUAUUCUUUCAAAUUCAAUGGUUUAGUUUUUACCGAUAUAUCUUCCACCAUACUCAUGAUAAACCAUACAAUAAAUGAUAUAUUUAGAACUGCAAUUCAUUGGCUGUAAAUAUCCCUGUAUUAGUUAUCUUAAAGAUACAUUAUGGGAGAUAAGAUAAAGAGCUGGCAGUUCUCACUAUAAUAGUUAAAAACUAGACCAUGUAAAGACAAUUUGCUGACAAUUUAAGUCAAAUUGAUCCACUGUGAACCGAGAAUUAAGCGAUUGAAAUUUCAGCCUAGCCUCGAUCAUCAUUACUAAAGUCUGUGCGAUAAAAAACAUAGUCUCGAUCAUCCAUUUCAUGAUUAAAUUAUGAAUGAACUUCGAGCAGCAAAUGGAAUCAUCUAGAGUUGAUUAUGGUCUGGCUAAGUUAAAUAAUGUCUAAUUAAUAAUUUAGAUAACAUUUUCAAACCUAAAGAAAAACCUGCAAUUGGCAGAUUUAGCCCUUGCAUAAUGUAUGAUUAAAUGAGAACCCUUUAUGUUUGUCUAUGCGUCUAGAAUAUUUCAUACUACUUCUAAUUCUGUCACUUGUUAGUAGUAUAAAGAUGAGGCGUUUUUGUGAGUCGAUUAGAUUAGGUUUUGAUUUGCUAGUACGAUUUGGUAUGAUUUCGAUUUGAUUAGCUAUGGUCCACAAAUGUGAAAUUUGAUAAUUACGAUUUGGUAAGAUGGCUGCCACCACGGACACCGAUCAGAAAAAAAAUUGUCUCUGCUAACAUGACGAGGGGGGCGUGUGUUUCACGUGUAGUCCAAGUUACCUACAGAUUACAGUGACACUGCUGGCACCCAGAGGGCCUAAAAUUGCUUAGAGCCAGAGGUGAUCUAACAUUCUUGUGGACUAUAAAGUUAACAUUAAAGGAGCUAAAUCGCUAACAUUUGGGACCUAGAAAUUGACAAAAGUGGGUCGCAAUGCAUAUAAUACUGUAAUAUGAAUGUAUAUAAACUGAUUUACAUUCAAUGGUUUCCGUUUUUACUCCAAUUUCAAAUCCGUUAUGUUCGGCGAAAUAAGCCAGCAGUCUCAAGCGAGUGCAAAUUUCUAGCGUCUGGUUAUUCCAGUUUACAUACGCCGUUUGAUUUGGUGCAAUGUGUCUAGCCUCGUCCCUCGAGUCUCUUGAUACAACUAGGACUGAAGCGCAUUAUGGUACACGAUUCGUGUACCAAUGGUAAAAUGUUUAUUUUGUCUUAAAUAUUGGAUAUCAAAAGCCCAUCUUUUCCCGUUAAGAUCACAACAUGAAUGUUGAUAUAAUUUGACAAAUAAAUCGUGUUUUCAAUGUUGAAGAUUUUGGAUGAUAUUGAGUUAGAGACUUAGCUACUUUAAACACAUCAAAUGCGUUUUAAAAAAACAUUUUUUAUGGAGAAAAACAACAAUAAGCAUUAAAAAUUACUUACGAUGUCGAACAUUCCGCCAUUUUGAAAACGUCAAAUCUAAUUGCCUAAACACCUCCUGGGACGAUUCGGUCGAUUUGCCUAAUCAGUUGAGUUAAAUCGUCUCACAAAUGUAACGAUUAGCAUAAUCAACUUGGUUCACAAAUGCGUAUAAUAGCUAAUCGGUCUAAUCUAAUCGGUUAACAAAAACGCCUAUGGUUUUGGACAAUAGAUUUUGCAUCCUCUUCAGUAGGGAUAUGUGUAGUAAUUUAUUCAUAGGAAUUAUUGCUUUUGGCUCUCUUAAUUUGGUUUGCUCUAAAUUGAUAGCUCGAUGAUUAGUUUCAUCAAUAAAUUUAUCUGGGUAAUUUUGUUUCCGAAGAUAUACGCCCAGUUCAGCUAAUCUUUUAUUAAUUGUUUUGUAUCACAUGUUUGUAUUGUAUUAAAUGUUUUCAUUUUAUAAAUUGUGUUUCAUUGUAUUUCAUUGUAUAGAUUGUGUUUUAUUGUAUAAUCUUUUUUCAUUGUAUAAUCUGUGUUCAUUGUAUAGAGUGUUUUUAUUCUAUAAACUGUGUUCAUUUUUUUUU